CCUGCCGCACAGGGGGCCUCGGGUGACAUUGGGCUUCGGCAGCUGAAGGGGGAGGACGGGCGGCGGAGCCUGGUAAAGAAAGAGAGCGAGACCUUCGCCUGCUGCCGCCAUCAUGUUCCGAGUUAUGGUCACCCACGCCAAGAAGCACCCCAGCUUGAUCCCUCUGUUUUUGAUCAUCGGAUCCGGAGGCAUUGGUGCUGGCCUGUAUCUCAUGCGUUUGGCAAUGUUCAACCCUGAUGUCUGCUGGGACAAGAAGAAUAAUCCAGAACCUUGGAACAAACUGUCUCCCAGUGACCAGUACAAGUUCUACUCGGUGAACGUUGACUACAGCAGGCUGAAAAAGGACCGUCCUGACUUCUGAACAACACCUUCAUCUCUGUAAGCUGCACAGAAAGGUCUUCCUGAAGCCGUCCGCACAAUUGUCAUGCUUAAAUCAUCCAGGAAAAUCAUCAAACUCGCCUCACGCUGCACUUGGUCAUGUGUUUGAAAGUUUUGGGAUGAGGCUUAAUAAACGUCUGAAACUUGAA